UCUGAAGGCAUAAAAGGUGCAAUGUUCGUACUCAUAAAUAUUUCAACACUGUUUGAGCGAUGAGUCACAAAUUCCUGGGUAUAUGGUCUAAAUGAAGCUAUAAGGAUUUAAGAAUGCAUAGAUAAAUGUUGCGCUGAAUGAUUAGCAAUGACUUCGCCAGCAGAAAGUGAACAGAGAGGCGCCGCUGCACUUUGGAAAAGCCGUGUGCCGAGUCUGUCUUCGUCCUCUUUGCCACACUGGCUGUUCUCUGAAUUCCCCCCCUCCCACCUCCCCAUUCAACGCUUCCCCCCAAAGGCUGUUUCAUGAGUUGUAGAAGAACACAAAAGAAUGUCCUCCACUUGGAUUCUGAUAUGUUUCCUCAUACAAGAGGCAGGAAGCUUUAUGAUCUACAACAGCAUUCACAGCUUGUGUUUGCAAGACUCUCCGUGGAACCACACUCUGCAGUUAGAGCACUGUGACCUCAAUGCCGACCUUCAGCAAUGGCUCUGGAAAGACCAGCAGAUGUUGGAGAAUAAGGUCACGAGGACGUGCCUAUCUUCGCAGCAGGACAGCCCUGUCCUCACUGCUCCGUGUGAUGGCAGUGAUGUCCUCCUCUGGCAGUGCCAAGACAGUCGGCUCAUGAACCGCGACAGAUCCUUGGAGCUCACCACCGACGGAAGCCGCCUCUUCCUGGCCAGAGGCAACAAACUGUCCAAAUGGAAAUCCAUUGAAAUUGGCGACAUUUGCAAGGAGCGUCAACGACCAAAAAGGGCUUCUGAUGACUCCGACCACUUGAGGGCGCCGGAUGAUGAACCCCUCAUGACCCUUGAGCAGAGAGAGUUCCUUCGAUGGUAUUAUCGCACAGAGGACACGUCUUCCUGGAGGUACGCCAUGCUGGCUCUGUCCUAUGGGGCCCUCCUCAUUGGCUGCGGGCUUCUAGUCACAGGACUAACAAACAACAGGAACAGAAAGCAGGCAAGAGUCCAGGCCACAGAAGGGCAGGAGCUUCAGAAAAUGACGGUGGUCAGGCAGGUUGACGGGCCCCCAGCCGAAAGGCACCAAUCAGAGGAUCCGACAUUCAUGUGUGGGGAGAAGAAUGGGCUGACCGUGAACCCUGGGCUUCGAGAAGAGGACGUCUGAUUGGUCAGUUGGCACAGAGUGGACUUGAUGCAAAGACUCUUCAUUCGUCAGAUACUUGAAAGAGGAAGAUGGGUAGGGGGCGGAGCUUAGAGAUGUUGCCUUGUGUUUAUAACUAUACUCAUUUCCUCACAUAUUUUUUUCUUUAUCUGAAUUGCCUGAGGUAAAGAUAGAGAGACAAUAGACCUCCCAGCACAAUGAGCCAAUAAUGUUAACCAGCGCACAAGGAAAAUAUAAAAAGAACUCAUUAUAGGUAAGUCUGUUCUGAAAGGUCCUUGUAUUUCCAAUGAAGAAGUUAAUGUUUUAAUAAAAAUAUUAACGCAAA